AGUGGACCUCCGAAUCAACCAGUUGAACAGUGUUAAAUUUCAUAUUUUUUGAAUAGCGCUGUCUAGCAAAACAAAACAAAACAAAUCUCAGCUUUGCCUGAUAUUCGAUAUGUAUGAAAAUCACGACCACCGACAACAGUAAUUGAAAGGCGCUAACAUUUAACGCAAAAGCCUUCCCACAUUGAAGCACAAACAGGCAUCGAGCCGGUGAAACACGAUGAUUUUGCCUCCUUCACCCGACACGAACGUCAGAACGCUGCUGCAAGUAUCGACCGGGGGUGGUGGCGGCUCUGCAGGUGGUUUUCCACAGUGAACAGAGCGCAACAGUGAAUGUUGUGCAUUUUUGUUCUACCACGAGGACGACAACGGCAACGCCUCGACUCGCAUCACUGUUCCGGAAACGAUUUGCGUGUAAGGAUUCCAUUCUAGCCGACAGAAGCCGACUUCGUGCUCCAUCAGGUGGAUAUGGCAGACUUAACGGUCGCGACAACGCCAUCUACUGGCAGCAGUGGCAAACGUUCUCGACUGAAUCUAGAAUCCAAGUGCUCCUCGCUGCGCAAGCACCUCAGCAAAUCAGCCUCGGAGCUCAGCUGUAACGAUUGCGGUGGUUCCGGCGAUUCUCCGCAGUCCUCACCGCAGCGAGCGCGCAGCGCCGUUGGCCCCAGCAUACCCGGAGUGAUCCAGCGGACGCAUGGUUUCUUCAACACGUUAAGGAAUCGUUGGUCCCGAGGUCGAAGUAAAGAACGGUUGCGUGGCUCCAGCGGACAGGACCUAGAACGACGCGACAGCCAAAGUGACUACGCAGCGGACAACAGUUCCGAACACAGCAGUUCGGCGACACCACAGACACAAUCGCCCCGGCACCGGGCACAAACGAUAGGAGACUCCCCGCUAGUACGGACAAACGAUAGGAAUGCCUCAAUGAGCUCGGAGGGAAACACUCUGCAGCUAACGACCAAAGUAGAUGUUGAACCUAGCACCAGUAGUAUUGUAGCAAGUAAACUGAACGAUGUUCCCACCACGAGCGGAUGCUCGCCCAUCCCCAGCAGCAUCGACGACGUACAACGAAGGCGGGAGACUCAGCUGCGGCAGCAUUCCUUCUUCCAGCUGCGGAUACACCUCAUCAGCGGCCACGGCCUGGUCGCGAUGGAUAAAAGUGGCACCAGUGAUCCAUACGUUAAGUUUAAGGUAGGAGGUAGAUUGCUGUACAAAUCAAAAACCGUUCACAAGGACCUGAAUCCAGUUUGGGAUGAAACGUUUGUCGUACCCGUGGAGGACCCCUUCCAGCCGAUUAACAUCAAAGUUUUCGACUACGAUUGGGGCCUGCAGGAUGACUUCAUGGGAUCGGCGAGGUUGCAUUUGACAUCGCUGGAGCUGAACCGGGCCGAAGAAAUGAACAUCAAGCUAGAGGAUGCCCAGCGUGCCUCCAAGGAUCUCGGCGAGAUUAAGCUGAACGUAACGCUGUGGCCAAAGACGCAGGAGGACAAAGAGCAAUACUUUCAGCGAAAUCCCAAACUGGCAGACGCUUCCCGCCGGCUCAAGUCGCAAAUCUGGAGCUCGGUCGUAACGAUUGUGCUCAUCGAAGCCAAAGGACUCCCACCGGAUACCGAGAAUGGGCUGAACGAAGUUUUCGUUCGAUUUAGGUUAGGAAACGAAAAAUACAAAAGUAAAAACUCCUACCGAGCACGAUGGUUGGAGCAGUUCGAUCUUCACCUGUUCGACGACGACCAGCUGCUGGAGCUGGUAGUUCACGGGAAGUGCAACACGUACGGCAAGUGCAUAAUCGAUCUGCGAAGUCUUCCCCGAGAACGCACACACGGUAUGUGGCAACCGCUAGAGGAAUGCACCGGCGAAGUGCAUCUGAUGUUAACGAUUAGCGGGACGACGGCUUCCGAAACCAUAACCGAUCUGACCUCGUACCGAGAGGAUCCCAUCGAAAAGUCAGUGCUGCAGAAGAGAUAUGUCUGGCACCGAUCCCUGCAGAACCUGCGCGACGUGGGCCAUCUGACGGUGAAGGUGUUUGGGGCCACUGGUCUGGCAGCGGCAGAUAUCGGAGGCAAGUCAGAUCCAUUCGUAGUGCUAGAGCUAAUCAACGCUAGAUUGCAAACCCAAACCGAGUAUAAAACGUUAACACCCAAUUGGAACAAAAUCUUCACUUUUAAUGUAAAAGACAUGACCUCGGUGCUGGAGCUGACCGUGUUUGACGAAGAUCGGGAUCACAAGGUAGAGUUCCUUGGACGGGUGGUAAUUCCUCUGCUACGGAUACGAAACGGCGAAAAGCGCUGGUAUACGCUCAAGGACAAGAAGAUGUACACCCGAGCAAAGGGCACCCAACCGCAGAUCCUACUGGAGAUGACGGUUGUGUGGAAUAAGCUGCGGGCGGCCCUGCGAGCCCUGGAACCAAAGGAGGAGAAGCUCGUCCAGCAGGAGGCAAAGUUCAAACGUCAACUAUUUCUGCGGAAUGUAACUAGACUGAAAACCGUGAUUAUGUAUUUUAUAGAAGUAGGACAAUUUAUUCAGAGUUGCUUCGAAUGGGAAUCCCCGGUGCGUUCGUUCAUAGCAUUAGUUUUGUGGAUAUGCGGAUGUAUCUGGUUCGAUAUUUCCACCAUCCCAGCGGCGGCUCUUCUUUUCCUGCUGAAAAAUUGGCUUAUACAGUGGCUGACGGGAUCGUCGUCGCAGUCCACGGCUGACGAUUACGAUGUGGCCAGUGAUGACGAAGAUGAGGAAGAUAAGGAAAAGGAGGAAAAAAAGACGAUAAAGGAAAGACUGCAAGCCAUUCAAGAGGUUUCCCAGAGUGUGCAGAACACAAUCGGCUUCCUGGCGUCACUGGGCGAGAGUGUGAAAAACACCUUCAACUUCUCCGUACCCGAGCUAACCUGGCUGACGGCCCUGCUGCUACUAGCUGCGUGCCUCGUGCUACACUACGUACCGAUCCGGGUACUGCUGCUAGUGUGGGGUUUAGUUAAAUUCAGCCGACGGCUCAUUCGACCGCACAGUGUUCCUAACAACGAAGUGCUGGACCUACUGUCACGUGUUCCGGACGAUGAGGAGAUUAUCAUGUGGCGGGAGCUGCCACUGCACACGACGCCGGAGUUGGCCCGACGGGAUCCCCGAAAGAAGCACAAAGCCUCGUAAUGUUACCAAACCGCCCUGAAGCGACACUUUAGGGAGCAACUUAGGAAGGUUCUAAAUAUCAACAAAAAGGACAAUUAAAGUAGUCUUUUAGAUUUGGAAACUCAUUCCGCUAGGCUCUCUCUCAUUCUGAUUAGUAUGACUUAGAUUUUAGAGUGUACACUAUUUUUUUCAAAUACUUCCAUUUACGAGUUUAAUAAAAAACGAAAACGGUACACAAUCGACCUGAACAAAACAAGAUCGAACAAAAAAGCUUUCAUCAUUAACAAUUCUAGUCUACAUUCGAGAAAGACGUUAAACUAAAAAUGUUACGUUUGUUCAAUUAUUUUAUAGAGCAAUAAGAGAAUCAAUUUGACGUUUUUUCGACACAAAUCCAUUUAUACGAUCAAUUCUAAACAAAAAAAAUCAUUAACAAUCCAGUCUAUCCAAACUUUUACAAUCGCAUAAAAAAGAACUGUACAUUAAAUUAGACUAUUAUUACUGUAGCAUUUAACUACUACAAAUCCAAUCGAUUAUUUGUUUAUAAAAAGCAGAUCCAAGACUAAAGACAAUUCGUCGUUUUAAAUUUUACUGUUUUUCAUUGUUGUCUGUUUGGAAGUAUUUAGCAAUAGGAGUAGUUAGGUCAGCGUACGGGCAAUUUGACUUGAGCACAGGUAUUACUAUAUUGAAGCUUUCAGAGUCAGCAACUUUUUUAGUUUCAAUUUGAUUGUGUUCAAAAAACUGCAAACACCAAAGAAUUAGAUAAGUUUUGAUUUGAAAUUUUCACUAUUGCAUUGAGGGUCUCCUACCCUAAAUCAACACUGAGUUGUUACUUCUUUUACAAUCGAUGAAUGUUCCAAACACAUUGAAAUGACAAAAAUUGUGAUUAUUCUGAGCAAAACUAUUCCGUAGAACAGCUCAGCUCAUUUAUUCCAUCAAAUCAAAGUUUCGAUCAUACACUCGCUUGAACGUCAAUUUUCCUUUCUUCAAAUAGCGUGCGAACAAAUGAAGAAACAAACUACACUUUCCCCGAAAUCCGUCCAGAUGACACGAGCGAACUUCCUUUGUUCGUUAUUUAGUAUAGCAUAGCACUGUCAGCAAAGAGUCAAACUGUAAAUACAAGAAAAUACAUUCAUUCAUUAGAAUUACGUAACAACCUGUCAUAAGCAAGUUCAACAUUAAAUAACGCAAAAUUCAGUAUUCAUCUCUACGUUACAGUCAUCAUAAAUACAAAUGCAACUAUUUUUAUACAUUUUUCCUAAUUCAUCGUACAGCAAAUACAAACUGGAUUGGAUACGAAGGAUAUUGUGAUUUAGAGCAGACAUGGCCUUAACAGGUUUGCCGUAGGGUCAUAUAUUUUUCGUAUUGUACUAAGUCCGCUAAUAGCAUUACGUGUCUUUAAUUGCUAGAGAUCUAGAUAGUGAUGUACAGGAAGAAGUACGCGGUACGAAUAAAUUACGAACUAUUUCCUAUCUCCAAGCAAGCAAGAUUUCUAUAUAAAUUGGCCUUCUCUCCAAUCGACUAAUACAAACAAGGCUUACUAGAUAGUAGCAAUUCUAAAAUUGUCACCAGGGAAAGAAACUAAGAAAGCGGCUACGGUUUUGCUUGAAUUUCCAUGGUUCCUAAUGUGUAUAAAUGCACUCAGCUAAAUAAUGUUUAAUAGUUCUGUCCUAAUUCACGUGGGUGGUCGUUUGUUUUAGGACUCGUAAUAGAUGAUUUUUAAUAAUUUUAAUUUCAAUUAAUAAUAAAUUAUUCGAACGCAAUGAUUAUGCGAGUUUAUUUGUCUAAAUCACUCAAGUCUGUCAACGUUGGAAUAGGCAAUCGGACAAUUUCUAAGAAAUUCUCUCGCCAUAACCCGUGCACAACACCAUCGUAACAAAGAAGUCUUUCAUCGCCGAGACUACGCCAAUAAAUCCACACUGCGCUGCAAUCACCGGGACGCCUGUUAUAUCGUACUGCGGAAUCCCCCGAGCACUCCGACGCAGUCGUAAUACCUGCCAGCGACCAGCUCAGUCGUCCCGGCCCUGUGUUCGAAGGUCGCGAGCGGGUCUUCCGAACUCCCUUCUCAAGCGAGUAUUUUACUUUAAAUGACGAUCCACAUCCUGAACACCUUCUGUUUUCUAGUAUGCCAUCGAGUACAAAACGUUCUCGCAACAUGUCGGGACGCUUGGCACGGGACGCUGACGGUUUGCGGUUGUACUGCUGUUGACGGCGGCUACGAUAUUUACGUUCUGAUAGGAACUUGGCUUGAUGGUCGUAUGCAUCAUCGAUGCAGCUCUUUACGGAUUCUUGCGAAGUUUAACGUGCAGAUCGACGCGAUCGCAAUAGCAUGCAUGAUCGCGGCGAGGGACUUUCUUCCACAGUUGCCUUCUGUGAAUUUUAUGUGGAUUACUAUGCCGACGAAGAACUACAACUAUUAACGGAUCUGUUUACAUUCCUCCAGAAAAACGACUUGACUGCACUAUUGGGCAGUUCGAUCUAGACUCUAUAGAACGCGCUUCUUCUCAGGCAGAUGCAAACGAUGUGAUGAUAGUCCUUGGUGAUUUCAACCAACCAGGAUUUAUGUGGGUAUCUUCUGGAGGUGGAUGCGCUUACCCCAACCCGUUAUCCCCAAAAGCCAAGUCGAAAAUUUUCGAAUUGUUUAUGAACGAGGUGCUGUUUUCAGCUAGUCAGCAUUAAAUAAGCACUUGCCAGCACGGAUCCUUUCCAGGUCGAUCGCUUGAGACGAGUCUUGUUAGCUUCACAUCGUUUUUGCACAGAAAAAAUGUCCCGUCAACUCCAAGUGGACAAGGUCUACACAGAUCUUAAGGUCGCUACGAGAUACUGCUAGCAAAGCUUGAUAAACUAGGAUGUACCACAAGAUUCUGCCACUGGCUUCGGCCUUAUCUUGCACAAAGCGAGGUCGUUGAACAAAUUGGUGACAAUCCUUUUCUAAUGAUUCCGGAGUUCCUCAAGGUAGUACACUAGGUCCGUUACUAUUUUCAUUGUUCGUGCAUGAUGCGGUCUUCGUUCUAAUGAGUGGAAGGAAACCGUUUUUUGCUAAUGACUUGAAAAUAUUUCUUGACAUAAGGAAUGAAGCCGAUUGCCGUCAGUUACAGAGGUACAGUGUUACAAAUUAUUACGACUUCAUACUUUGCAAGAAUAUAGACACGCUUCGCAGGCCAUUUUCAUAUCUAAGCUUGUGUUGGCUGAGUACAAUGUACUCGAUCUUCUAGUACAAAUCAACUUCUAUGCGUCAACCCGAGUUAUUCGCACUCGAACAUUACUACACAUCGCAAUGCGUAACACUAACUACGCUGCCAACAGUCACUUCAACGAUUUUGUCGAGCUUUUAGCUGCCACAACUCUUUGCUUAGGACAGAAACCCAGUGCUCUGUAAAAUUUCCAAACAGCUACUAAAGUCCCGCUUGUCAUUGAACACACGGCGGGCAAGUGGUUCGAAAAGCUCAUGGGUGGUCUGUUCUGGAGUGUGAGAUGUAAAGGCGGAUGGUGGCGAACUUACUUUACUCGAGAGCCGAGGGCGGUGGAAAUAUGCGGUGAUUGAUGUCUAACAUUAACGAAGCAUAGAUCCUAAAUCCGGACGUUCUUGUUCGUAGUGCUGUUGAUCUACAGAAGUGUUUCCGUACCCUACCCGAUCAGAAACACAUAACAAAAAGAUUUCAAAACUAUAUCUCACAUUGUUACUUGUUAUAAUUUUCUGUUAUUUUAACUACUAACGACACCAAAUUUAUAACACAAUAUGUUACGAAAAUUGUAUUCUGUUAUAAUCUUGUUAUUUCAUUCUGAUCGGAUAACUAUCCAAAAGAGUAAUGGUGACAGGAUGAAAAACAGAUUCUUCAGAUUCGGGAUGUAGAAAUCCGCCGAUUUCCCAAUUUUAUCACCGCUCACGCUUGUUUGAUGCGGCUCCAAACAUCAUUUGUUAUUUGUUGAACUUUUAUUCCGGGGGUGGGCGUAGCGUAUUGGUAAAUCGAUUGCCUAGUACGCAGCGCACUUGGGUUCGAGUCCCGACCCCGCACAUAGGGUUAGAAAUUUUUCAUAAGAGAUAUUUCUAACCCGAAGAGGCGAAUGACCUUAAGGUUAAAACCUCUAUAAUCGAAAUAAAAAAAAAAACUUAUUCCGCGACGUACAGCGAGCAGAACACCGCCACCGGAGGAUUUAUGACUGUUGAUGGGGAAGUUUUUUCUAAUGUCAUAUGACCUCUCUUUAGUGCGACAUCUUUGUCACUGUUCUUGUACCCACGAAUGGACGAAUGGAUACGUCAAUACUUAACAUCAACCGCUACGGUGUCCCGAUCAGAAUGAAAUACGAAGAUUAUAGCAGAACACAAUUUUUGUAACAUAUUGCGUUAUAAAUCAGGUCUCGUUAGUAGUUAAAAUAACAGAAAUUUAUAACAAGUAACAAUGCAAGAUACAGUUUUGAAAUAUUUCUGUUAUAUGUUUCUGAUCGGGGUAGUUUCACAUUGCAGAAAUGUAACACACAUAAACUCAGACUUUAUUUGAUACCCGUAAAUUCAAUUCAUACUUAGUUUCUGAAUUUCCCUAUUCCAUAAGCAUUCCUAAUUCAACGCGCAAUUAAUAGUACAAAAUGAACUUUCAGUAAGGAAUAUUUCCGAUAUCACAAUCUCGAAUGUUUCAGAACGAUUCCAAGUUAGCACACGUCAAACGAAUCGGCGGAACCAAGAUACUGUGUAUUAAGGAGUUAUAUACAAGGUUGAAACUCCAAAAAUCGGGAAAAAAAAUUGAACAUUCUGAAAAUAAAUGCUUUUGAAAGAAUCUAUGCGAAAUUUCAUCCAGAUCGGAACACGAAAUUUCAAAUUACAGCCAUUUGCAGCGAGCUGGUUCUUCUACGAAUGAAGUUAACACAAAACAUCAAACGCAAUUAUCUCGAAAUGAAAUUUGCGGUGAACGUGAUAUCUCAAAAAUUAUUCAUCCGAUCUUCAUAAUUUUUUUAUGAAUUGUUUGUAAUUACAUUCGCGUGUACAUGAUCGGUUCCUUUGUCAUCAAAAAUUUUUUGAUUUCUCGCAAUGAAUUUUUGUUUAAAAUUUGGAACACCGAAAAACUUAAUUUUUUGGCCAACAUGUUUUUUUUUUUGAAAGAAAAAAAAAUUCUUUUGGGAAGCCGAUCCGUUCAAGUACACCAUAAAACAAUUUUCUUCAAUAAUUUUUUUAGUUUUUGGAUUUCAGUUGAGCGGUUCGGCUUGGAGAGCGUUCACCGCAACCCUCUGCCAAAAAAACACGCUUCGGGGGAUGGGCCAUAACUCCGACAACCUUGAAUUUUUUUUAAUCCAACUUGGUUUUUCUAUCUUCGAUAGUAGUACUACCGAACUAUCUUUCGCUUUUUCAAAUAAAAUUUGCAUAAAACAUUUUUUUUUAAAAUCACGAACUUAGCUCACUUUUUCGCCACUACAUUGUAUAUAACACCUUAAAGGCGGGAUCACAUAAAAAUGGGACACAUUCAAAUACGUGUAUUUAUAUCUGCCUAUCGAGAAACUUCAUCGUACAUCUUCUUCAGUCACGGUGUUGGCAAGUUAAUUUCACCAAUUCUUUAUCCGACCAAUGUUCACUGGUGACUGCUCCCUUUAGCUUCAGUUUUCGCUUCAUUACAGUCGAAUAUGUCUGUAUUGGACGGAACUGUGAGUUCAGUUUGCUGUUAUGGCAGCCGACUAGAUCUUCCCAUUGCGUAACUGGACCAUCAUGGGAGAGCUGACACUGAUUUUCUUGCCACAAGAACAGUUCCCUUGCCAAAUCAUGUUUUUUUUUCGAUAAUUUAUCCGCGAAAAAACACUAGCAUAGCUAUGAACAACGAAUGGCCUUGUAAAAUUCGAGCCUCGGGAUUUAUUUGAAAUCUGUUUUUGCAUAAUUUUCAUCGUCGAUCAAAACACAUCAUCGAGUUCCAUCAGCACUCGGCCGUACAGCUAAUGGGCCCGGGCCCCAGUGGCGGCGCGAGGUGUUUUGCCGCUCGGUGCCAAAAAUUAAAAUUGCCGCCCCUUUUAUAAUGAAUUAUCAAAAGAGUUCGAUUUUUCCCGCCCCUUCAUAUGAAACAUAUAUGAUAAAAGUAUUAGAAAAUGUCUACAUAAAAAUGAGCUUUUUCACAUUUUAUUGCCAAUAUUUUGUCCUGGCAGUAGUGCUGCGCAUUAAUUUUCUCUCGAAAGGUGGCGCUAGGACUCCGUUCACAUGUUCGCUCCGGCCUUUUAAUUAUAGCAAAAAUUGGUGCCUAAACCCUCUGUAACAUAAAAGAUAUUAGCUAUAAUUACCCAAAAUAUAAAAUAAAAGUGUGAGAUAUAAGUGCAAGAUUAACUAAUUUUAAUAUUAUAUAUAAAAAAAUGGCGAAAUUACUAAAACAAUUACUAUUGAAUACAUUACAAUUAUUUUAAAAAACGUAACUCAUUUUCAAAACAUACAUAGGGUAGACGAGCCCUUAUUCAUCUCAUAAGUCACAAUUUCACACUAUUUCGCUCGGCUUUUAGUGAUUGGAUUGCGCUUAAAAAGGUAUCAACAUCUUUGCUUCGUUUCUAAGAAGCAGAUCAAUAAAAAAUAUAACUUGGACAAUGUAAAAUACUCGCGUUUGUACGAAGCAAAAAGUCGAAUACAAUGCACACUUAUUCAUCCUACUAUUUGAACUAAUGCGUUGAAUAGAGAUAGCAGACCCUACUCCAAAUGAUAUGUUCAAAUGGGUGGGAUGAAUAGAGGUGCUAAGAUGAAUUAGGGCACAGUAACCCUAUUAAAAAAAACUGAUAAAGGAAUUGGACACAUCAUUUUAAAAUAUUAUUCUUGUAAAUUACUGGCGGUCAACCAUUUCCUUUUCAAAUUCUCUAGCUAAACGUUCAGAGAAACAUAAUUCCCUAUUAAACAAAUUUUGUUUAUAAACAAUAACGUUUAUCUAUAACUAUACGUUUUGGCUAAGGCAAAACUAGCUUAUAAAACUAAUUAUUGAGAUUAUUAAAUUUCAUUUGAGCACCAUUUUUUUAUACCCUCAAAAUCUUGAUAUAUUGCAAAUGUUUUUUCGUAUUUUUCGGAACCUUCGUCGCUAAAAGAAAUUCUACGCGGUCAUUUUUAAACGAUUUCCAAUUCCUGUGUUCUGGUAAGAAGAAGAAAAGACCUUUUCAACGGUAUGGUUAUGUUUUUUUUGUUUACAAUAUUCUGCGGAUUUGGGACAACAAUGUGUAAACAAUCAAUAUUUUGCGAUUUUUUCAUGAAAAUUAGGAAAAUUACUCAACACUUUUUUUAUGAAAAAUUUAGACAUUUAGUUCUGCUUUUAACAAUCUGAUUGCAUGAACUCUUGAGCGGUUAGUGAGUGUUACCGACAGAAUAGUCGCGCGUCUCAAUGGACAACAUUGAUUCAAAAACCUACCAUCAUUUACUGACACAUUCUAGACGACAUCCUGCUAAAGUCGGUAUGAGAACAAAUGUCAACGACAGCUUGAAUGAAAAAAUAAUAUACGAUAAACAGUAGUGUGCUUUAUAUCACGAUAUAUUUCUAAGCUUAAUAAUAUAUGCAAUGCUAAAAUGUGUGCCUAAAACUACAAAUUAUGAGCUGAGGUAACAUCUAAGCAGUAAUGUACACUAUAUAGUUGAGUUGCGAAGAUAAGUUUUAUUUAAAGGGUAUGCAAUACAAGUAAAAUCAUAGUAUGUAUCUUCUAGAAGUAUUGCUAAUCAGAUUAAUCAAUGCGGAAAUUUUGUAUCCCUUCCUUAUCACAGCUGUAACACGAAUAAAAGGAAUGGAUAACGGAAUCAGAACAAUGCCUGCCUGAACGCAACAGGGAGGCAUUGUCGCGCACUAUGGGAUUCUAUAAUCAUAUCUUCCGGUGUUUUUCCUAAUUUUAGCUUCAAUGUUUACAUUCAUACUUUUAAAUGUAUACAUAAUUGGGCAAAAAAAUCGAUCUUUUGAAAAUUUAAUAUGAAACCGUCCUUUUAAAAGUUCAAGUUUCUAAUCUGGAGAAAAAAUGAGUAACGCUGGCAUUUUUCAACUGAUUGUUAUGAAAAAUACCGCAUUAUACUUUUAACAAAAGAACAUAACAAAUGACCGCCAACAAAUUUUUUAGACCCGAGAAAUAGUUUUUUGCUAUAAAUCUAGAUUUUGAGGGUCUAUUAAUUUAAUCAAACGUAGGUUUAUAUUGUAUUUGACCAGACCUGCACCUUUUCUGGAACACUUGAAAAGUACAUUCUCUUUUUAAAUUUGCGGUACCAUAAAAUUAUUUAUCAUGGUGCAAGAGUCGACAAUUUUUUUAAUAGUAUUUAUAAUUUUUUUUAAUACUAAUAACAAGGUGUCAAACGUCCCUAGUGAAAGGGCGGUCAAGUGCAUCUGUCAUAAUUUCCUACUUUGCCUAAACAAACUAACAAUCGUCAUCAUUAUCUUAUAGCGUUUUCGUUUUUUCUUGGUGCUACACCGGUGUAGUGCAAAGAAAGGGAUAGACUGAUUACACCCAAGUUUGAAUGAGUGUAGCACCGACUACACCGGUGUAGUGCACUGUCAAAAACGAAAAUGUCAUUAGUGACCUAGAGACCAAACAAUCCGGAUAAUCCGAAUCAUAAUUGAAUGUAUUUUGGACUUCCAGGUUACUCGUUCUUGAACCGCCAGUUUCAUAGACGCCCACCGCACGCGAAUCUUCCUCAAUUGUACACAGUCAGCGAGAGCGGGAUUUGCCCCGAAAUCGACGACCUCUUCCAGGUUCUCUGCUGGUCAUAACUUUAAUUGGUUUCUCUUUUGUCAUUCCACACUACAAGCCCGACUCGCUGUAGUCUGCCGUGUUUUAUCAGCCUUUCAAUGUCAGCAUGGUUGAGUAUUGAACGCAGAAUUUUUCUCCCAAACAUGCCCCGAUAUCCUGCUUCCAUCAACAUCCAUGGCCGUACAGAGCAACCAUGAGUAUCAGCGAUUUGAAUAGAACAAGUUUUGCGCGCAUCCUUAGGCUGUGGGACUUUAGCUGACUUCGCGGCUAACAUCGUUACUCUUGGUCACUAGUGUUCUAAAAUAUAUAAAUUGGUUUACUGUACCUCAUCGUUUUCCACCUCGAACCCAAUACGACCGCCAUUCUCUGCCAGCUACCAUGUACUUUGUCUUGUCAGAGUUUAUUGUCAGCCCGAUUCUUGAAGAUUCCCUUCCUAAAAGGCAACAAUGCCUCUUCCACUGCUCUGCGAUCAACGCCAAUGAUGUCGGUGUUGAUUGCAAAGCCAAGAAGCAUGUGAGAUCUCGUGAUGACGGUUCCGUUCCUUUGCACAUCAGAUCUUGCAGCGUCAUACGAAUCAGCUUAAUCAAUUUUGUCGGGAAACCAUCCUGAACCAUUACCUGCCACAGUUCAUUUCGUUUUACUGAAUCGUAUGCCGCCUUGAACUCCACAAACAGAUGGUCAGCCCGCAAAUUGUAUUCCCGGAAUAUAUCCAGAAUUUGUCACAUUUGGUCCGUCGUUGAUCGUCCUUCUCGAAACGCGCUUUUAUAUUCACCGACAAAGCAUUCAGCCAACAGGCGCAGUCUCUUCAAAAGAACAUGAGAGUCUUCCUGGUAGGCGGCAUUGAGGAUCGUUAUGCCUCGGAAGAUAUUAUGUUCGAGUUUGUAGUCCUUCUUGAAGAUAGUACAUAUGAGUCAACCAAUCCGAAGGCAUUCUUUCAACCAUGCAGAAUAUCCCGAUCACAAAUGAGAUUGCUUCUCACAGCCGGCCACUUUUUAGACUUUUUGAAGUUCACCCGGGGUUCCGCCCUUCUCAACGGCCUUAUCGUUUUUUAACUCUCGGAUCCACUCACUCAAAAAAAAAACAUUCGGUCAAAUAACGUACGCUACGAUACGAAACUAACCUUCUAUGGAAUACUUAUUAGACCGGUUGUCUUAUCGACUAUGCUGGACCAACGUAUCCAUUACACGUGACAGGAAAGGAAACAUCUUUCCAAUAGAAUUAAACGAUUGAAAACAUAAAGUAUAUUUUUUGAGGUAGAGACAAUAUGUAUUUAGUUUUGUUCGAUCACAUCCGUUGUCCCGAUCCCUUGCCUUUUUAAUCGUCAAUAGUCACGAAAAUAAUAUAAAUUCAAGCGUUUCACCCGCAUUUAAUUUUUAUCGUGAUUAAUGGAACUUACUAAAAAAUUAAAUAGAAAUUUGUUGGAUAGGAAAUGCCGCUCCUUGAUUUUGCCGCUCGGGGCGGUUGCCCCCUUCGCCCCCCCUCAGCUCCGCCACUGGGCGGGCCCUGACCGUUUUUUGUUGUUUGGGCCUACUGUUAGAUUAUUUACCUUCUCGGUUACAUAUGUAAGCUUCUCGGAGACGGAUUUGCCGGUCAGUUAAGCGUACAGUUUUUUCGCCAUGAUGGCGUAGAUCUUUGACAAUUAAACCAAAGAUCAAUUGUUCUAAGUACCUUGCUUGUGUGAAACCUAUAAGCAUUCCGAUAAGAUUGGUCUUACCAACCCACCAACCCUUCGAAAGCUGCAACAAGAUAUUGGAUUUUAAUCAACUGUCCAACGACUGAGAAACAAUGCUUCUUAACAGGCUUACCUUUGAUGAAUGUGGUUGAAGCAACACUUGUACCUGGGUUUGUAGAAAGUUGUUUUCUUAUUUCGUUUACUAUGGUUUUCCUGAAACUGCCGACUCCAAUAUGGAAGCUAGCAGGACCUCAAGUAAUGAGCUCAACUUGUAUUGACUUUACGGGAAUCUGCUUUUGGUGGAACAAGGAAUUUACCUAAAUCAGUGAAAGGCUGAAUCUCAAGCUAAUAUCAAAAUAUAUCGUUUUUCUGUAAGUUUGAUGUUUGGCUUUGCACGGAAAAUAACACGACUACUAACAGAUCUGUUAUACUAAAAUGCUUCAGAUUGAACAAUAGGAACAACACAGACAGAAUCACCAUGAGCUGUUUGUAUUAAAAAAAGUAUCAAUGGUGAAAUGGACUCCCUGAAGAUAAGUAGAGAAAAAAAUAGCGAUUGCAUUCAAGGAUGAAGCGAUUUGUCCAACUAUUCAGACAGACCGAUACGAACCGUGUUACAAAUAAGAUUGUUACUACGGUUGGAUUGCCGCCAGGUUCUACUGUAUACUGAUUUUGUUGGCUAUUUUUGGCAAAUUUAUGACUAAGCGAAACGAAAGUAAUGAAAUUGAACGACGGAUAGGUAUUUUGGAGCGAAUCACUUAUAGACUGAGAACGGAAAACUAGGACUAGGCAGAAUAAUAUUGUCACAUGA